UUGCUCCAUAAAAAAAACCGCACGAGUGACAUACGAGAUUUUUGUAGUUUCAAUAUCAGUCACUCACUCCUUUCUCCGUCUAUCAUCAUCCUCUUUAUCUUUCUCACACAUUCAUUUUCAUUCCCUCAUUUUUCUUCAUCAAUGAACCAUCAAUUACUCCAAUCCCAAUUCAUUUCAUUCUCAUCUCUCACCUAAACUCUUUUUUAAAUUUCCUCAAUGGAGGGUACCCUCUUCCCCAAUAGACCACUUCUUCCACUCCCAACAAAAAAAUCUCCACAACAACCUUUGAAAUUCAAACCAACAUUUUCUCACUCUCCACCACCACCACAACAAUCACCACCAUCACAAACACCUGUUUCAUAUCAUUUAGAUUCUCUUCUUCACCAUCUCAAACACCUUUCUUCAGCACAAAAACUUGUCCCUUUAAAUCAAAACAACAACAACAAUAAUAACACCCAUUUCUCUUCUCUCCAAAUUCCACUUGAUAACACCCACAAAACUCUUCAACACUCUCAUACAAAACGACCCAAUUCGGCAUCUGUUGAUUGUAACUGGUUUGAGGAUGCAAAGUUUGGAUUUUUAUCUGAUAAAAGUAAGUGUAUGCUUAAUUCAAUUGUUGGAUUUUCUUUGAAUGAUUUGAUUGAGUUUUUCAACUCUGUGAAAUAUGAGUUACUUGAAUCUGAUAUUACUAGUUUGUUGAAAGGUUUGGACCUUUCUGGUAAUUGGGAAAGAGCUUUUUUGUUGUUUGAAUGGGUUUGGUUGAAUUUUGGGUCUGAAAAUAUGAGGGUUGAUGAUCAAUCUGUUGAAUUAAUGGUUAAGAUAUUGGGUAGGGAAUCACAAUAUUCAAUUGCAUCCAAGUUGUUUGAUAUAAUUCCUGUUGAAGAAUAUUCACUUGAUGUUAGGGCUUGUACCACUGUUCUUCAUGCUUAUGCUCGGACCGGUAAGUAUAAACGCGCCAUUUAUAUCUUUGAGAAGAUGAAGGAGACUGGUCUUAAUCCAAAUUUGGUUACUUACAAUGUUAUGCUUGAUGUUUACGGCAAAAUGGGUCGGUCUUGGAAUAAGAUUUUGGGGUUGUUGAAUGAGAUGAGAUGUAAAGGGCUUGAGUUUGAUGAGUUUACUUGCAGCACUGUGAUAUCUGCUUGUGGAAGAGAGGGAAUGCUUGAUGAAGCAAGGAAGUUUUUUGCUGAUUUGAAAUUGAAUGGAUAUAAACCCGGAACUGUUACGUACAAUUCUAUGCUGCAGGUUUUUGGGAAGGCUGGUGUUUACAUUGAAGCCUUGAACAUCUUAAAAGAAAUGGAGGAUAAUAAUUGCGUGCCUGAUGAGGUUACUUACAAUGAGCUUGUGGCAGCUUAUGUAAGAGCCGGGUUUCACGACAAAGGCGCUGCUGUCAUUGAUACAAUGGCAAGCAAAGGUGUUAUGCCAAAUGCUGUUACUUAUACCACAGUGAUAAAUGCGUAUGGCAAGGCAGCAGACGAGGACAAGGCGUUGAAUAUGUAUGGUCAGAUGAAGGAGUUGGGGUGUGUUCCUAAUGUGUCCACAUACAAUGCUGUUCUUGCAAUGCUAGGCAAGAGGUCGAGAUCAGAAGACAUGAUUAAGGUUCUCUGUGACAUGAAAUUGACCGGAUGUCCUCCUAAUCGUAUCACGUGGAACACGAUGCUUGCUGUGUGUGGUGAGAAGGGUAAGCAAAAAUAUGUUAACCAGGUUUUAAGGGAAAUGAAAAACUGUGGAUUUGAGCCUGAUAAAGACACGUUCAAUACAUUAAUUAGUGCAUAUGGUCGGUGUGGAUCUGAAGUUGAUGUUGCGAAAAUGUACGGAGAAAUGGUUACAGCAGGCUUUACUCCAUGCAUAACGACUUAUAAUGCUCUUCUUAACGCUCUUGCCCGGCGAGGUGAUUGGAAAGCAGCAGAAUCCGUCAUUCUUGACAUGCGAUAUAAGGGCUUUAAGCCGAAUGAAACUUCGUACUCGCUUUUGCUUCAUUGUUAUUCUAAGGCUGGGAACGUCAGGGGUUUAGAGAAGGUUGAGAAAGAAAUUUAUGACGGUCACAUCUUUCCUAGUUGGACACUUUUGCGAACCCUUGUUCUUACAAACUAUAAGUGCAGACAGCUUGAAGGAAUGGAAAGGGCGUUUCAUCAGUUGCAAAAGAAUGGAUACAAACUCGAUAUGGUUGUAAUUAACUCCAUGCUUUCGAUGUUCAUCCGAAACAUACAGCUCGAGAAGGUGCACGAAAUGAUAGACCUCAUUCACAAAAGUGGGUUUCAGCCGAAUCUUGUGACAUAUAAUAGCUUGAUAGACUUGUAUGCCCGUGUCGGUGAUUGUUGGAAAGCAGAAGAAAUGCUCAAGGAAAUUCAAAACUCGGGUCUGAAACCAGAUGUCGUGUCUUACAAUACCGUCAUCAAGGGAUUUUGUAAAAAAGGGCUCAUGCAGGAGGCUAUAAGAAUUCUUUCAGAGAUGACUGGCUACGGAAUUCAACCAUGUCCGAUUACAUUCAAUACUUUCUUGUCAUGCUAUGCAGGGAAAGGGCUAUUUGCUGAAGCUGGUGAAGUUAUUAGAUACAUGAUUGAACAUGGUUGCAUGCCUAAUGAACUAACUUACAAGAUUGUAAUUGAUGGUUAUUGUAAAGCUAAAAAGCAUAAAGAAGCUUUAGAUUUUGUGUCUAAGAUUAAGGAGGUUGAUAUCUCUUUUGAUGAUCAAUCUGUAAAAAGAUUAGCUUCUUGCAUUAAGGAGAGUUUGAGGUAUUGAUUUUGUGAAAUAUGCCUUUUGGGUUUCUUUUCUCUUUUUCCUUUUCUUAGAUACCUUGGCAACUCCAUUUGUACUAUAAUAGUAUAAUCUCUAAUAAUACAUCAUUCUUCAGAAAGUUCU